AUGUGUGCUUUUAAUGUGGGACACAUCCCUUGUGCGUCUUACUUACGUGUAGAAAGACUCUUAAGACAGAACAGUGAAGAUAUUCUACUUAACUGGGUUUGCCUUGUUUUGCUUAGAAACCCUUCUAAGCUUUUGGGUACUUCAGUUUAUGGAGCUGUAGACCACAGUGAUUGUUCCUUGAAAGUGGUUUGGCCCUGA